AUGCCGCCCCAUAAGCAAAUUUCCCCCAACCCCCAUAUACCCCCUCCAAAAACAAACUCCCCCACCCCCAUAUACCCCCUCCAGAAACAAACUCCCCCCACCCCCAUAUACCCCCUCCAGAAACAAACUCCCCCACCCCCAUAUACCCCCUCCAGAAACACCCCCCACCCCCCCACCCCCAUAUACCCCCUCCAGAAACAAACUUCCCCCAUCCCCCAUAUACCCUCUCCAGAAACACCCCCCCCACCCCCCACCCCCAUAUACCCCCUCCAGAAACAAACUUCCCCCAUCCCCAUAUACCACCUUCCAGAAACAACCCCCACCCCCCACCCCCAUAUACCCCCUCCAGAAACAACCCCCACCCCCAUAUACCCCCUCCAGAAACAACCCCCCACCUCCCCCACCCCCAUAUACCCCCUCCAGAAACAAACUUCCCCCACCCCCAUAUACCCCCUCCAGAAACACCCCCCCACCCCCCACCCCCAUAUACCCCCUCCAGAAACAAACUUCCCCCAUCCCCCAUAUACCCCUCUCCAGAAACACCCCCCACCCCCCACCCCCAUAUACCCCCUCCAGAAACAAACUUCCCCCAUCCCCAUAUACCCCCUCCAGAAACACCCCCCCCCACCCCCCACCCCCAUAUACCCCUCCAGAAACAAACUUCCCCCAUCCCCCAUAUACCCCUCUCCAGAAACACCCCCCACCUCCCCCACCCCCAUAUACCCCCUCCAGAAACAAACCUCCACCUCCCCCACCCCCAUAUACCCCCUCCAGAAACAAACUUCCCCCACCCCCAUAUACCCCCUCCAGAAACAACCCCCACCUCCCCCACCCCCAUAUACCCCCUCCAGAAACAACCCCCACCUCCCCCACCCCCAUAUACCCCCUCCAGAAACAACCCCCACCUCCCCCACCCCCAUAUACCCCCUCCAGAAACAACCCCCACCUCCCCACCCCCAUAUACCCCCUCCAGAAACAACCCCCACCUCCCCACCCCCAUAUACCACCCUCCAGAAACAAACCUCCCCCACCCCCAUAUACCCCCUCCAGAAACAAACCUCCCCCACCCCCAUAUACCACCCUCCAGAAACAAACUUCCCCCACCCCCAUAUACCCCCUCCAGAAACAACCCCCACCUCCCCCACCCCCAUAUACCCCCUCCAGAAACAAACCUCCACCUCCCCCACCCCCAUAUACCCCCUCCAGAAACAAACUUCCCCCCACCCCCAUAUACCCCCUCCAGAAACAACCCCCACCUCCCCACCCCCAUAUACCCCCUCCAGAAACAACCCCCACCUCCCCACCCCCAUAUACCCCCUCCAGAAACAACCCCCACCUCCCCCACCCCCAUAUACCCCCUCCAGAAACAACCCCCCACCUCCCCCACCCCCAUAUACCCCCUCCAGAAACAACCCCCACCUCCCCACCCCCCAUAUACCCCUCCAGAAACAACCCCCACCUCCCCCACCCCCAUAUACCACCCUCCAGAAACAAACUUCCCCCACCCCCAUAUACCCCCUCCAGAAACAAACCUCCCCCACCCCCAUAUACCCCCUCCAGAAACAAACCUCCCCCACCCCCAUAUACCACCCUCCAGAAACAAACUUCCCCCACCACCCCAUAUAUCCCACUCCAGAAACAAACUCCCCCCAUCCCCCAAAUGCCCACAUCCUCUCUCUCAUACUUCGUACUCUGGUGCUCAUUUUGGAAUGA